AUGGAAACAACAAUUGAUCUAACAGAAACUGGUGACUCUGGAAAUGGUCAAUCUUCAGAUACAGAAAAUGAUUCUCAGUUUGAUAGUGAUGACUCUGAUGCUAAUAGUGAUCUGUCAAAUCCAACACAGAUCCCUAAACAAGUAAAAAAAGAUAAGGAUCAAGCACAGAAAAAACGUAACAAGAAACAGAAGGAAAACAAGAAAAAAAUAAAAAAGGAGAAGGAAGAUGAAAAUGUUGGCGACUCUAAUCCUUCAGAUCCUUCAGCUGAAGGAGGUAAAAAGAAUGACAAAUUACAUCAGGUAGCACAACCGAUUGAAGCAGGUACUCAUGAGUCAACACCAUCAGGAAACAAAAAAGUAUUUGGGCAAGGUUUAAGGUUUGGAUUGAAUCAAAAAGGUGACUCUGUUGACAUCAAAACAUCUCCAGGGAGUAGCCUUUUGGAAUUGAAUAAAGGUAAGGUUGGUACACAGGAGACAAAGAAAAUAGCAGAUUCUGAAAAACAUGGGACAGCACAAAAGAUUGAAGCAGAUGCUCAAGAGUCAAAACCAUCAGAAAAAGAAAAGGUAUUUGGGCAAGGUGUAGGGUAUGGACUGAAUCAAAGAGGUGACUCUGUUGAAAUAACUACUCCUCAGGGAAGUAGCCUUUUUGAAGUGAAAAAAGGUAAAGCUGGUACACAAGAGACACACAAAGCAGCAGAUUCUGGAAAACUUGAGACUCAAGAGUCUGUAAAGACAACAGAUAAAAUUAAAAGCUCAAGUGGUUCUAAAGAAAAUGACAAAAAUGCAAGUGAUGAGGAUGAAGACGUUGAAACAGAAGAAGAAUCUGAUGAUGGUUCAAGUGUUGAUCCAGUUUUAACUAGAAGACAAAAGAGAAAUCAAAAUAGGAAAAAUAAGACAUUGAAAGAACACGCAGAGCAGAAAGGGACAAAAGCAAAAGAAAAUGCAAAGAACAAGAAUAAAAAUCAAACCCCAAAGGUCACAGACACUGCAACAGGCAGUGGGGCAAAAGGAAAUAGAGGAGGUACAUCGAAACAGACAACAGUUUACUUCCAUGCCUUGAUAAGUGAUGAUUUCAAGUUUGAUCCUCAGAAAGACAAAGUAAUCCUAAGAAUGGAAGAUAAGCAAGGCAAUUGGCCUGAGAACAUGUCCAAUAUCUGCACUGUUAAAAAUAAGGUAUUUGAUGGUGUAUAUGAAUUGGAGUUUAAGAUAAAGCUCCCUGUGUCACAGCUUACUGGUAAAAGAUUACAGUACAAGUACACUAUACUGAAGACAGAGAAGGACAAAGACAAGUUUAUUUGGGAACAUUAUUUAAAAGAUACAGCAUCUGGAAGUUAUGGUGUUGGAAUAAAUAGAACAUUAGUGGUUCAAGAGAAGUGGAAGAAAACUGACGAGUGGCACCAAUAUGACGGCGUCAUUGAGAAAGAACCAUCAACAUGGCGUGAAAAACUGUCAAGCCUUAUGUUUUCAUGGAAAAAAGAGCUUGUAAAACAUGCAAGGAAGAGUGUGCAGUAUUUCAGCAACAGGAUAAUAGAAGCUGAAGACUCGAAGUACUCCCUAAGUUACGUUUUAGAUCAACUUGAAAUCUUGCUUUCUUGCAUGAAGAAAAUAUAUUUCACAGAUUCAAAAUGCUGGUAUCAGCAUGAAGAGGACAAAUUCAAGGAAGAGAUUGGAGGAUGUGUGCUUGAAGUUAUGCUAGACAAGGUAAAAGAUGUACCUGGUGAAAAAUGGAUUUGGGAUGAACUCCAUGAAAGACAAGUUUCAAUGACCAUUGCUGCUAUACUUGCUGCCAAGAAAUUAGCAAUUUCUUUGAGUGGGCACAAAAAAUCCAUCAAAAUCCUUGAAUGUCUUAUUUUACAUCCAGAUCCAGUGAAAAAAGAAUGCUUUGAACUUUCUGUGAUUGAAAAAUAUUUCCCAGAUAAAAGGAAACAGAUCAAAGACGCAUUUGUUUCAAUGGUACAAGAAAUAGCAAGCUCCACUAAAAACCCAUCAUGGUUAUUUCUAAUGCCAUGGAUACAUUUUCUCUCCGACUGGAGUAAACCUUUUGAGGUUCCUUCAUUUGAUGUGAGACAUGAUAAUGAUGAUCCUGUAUGGUGGGGAAUCUCUAAAACCAUAGACAGUGCUCUUGAGUAUUUCACUGGCAAGUCAGGAAAAUGGGACAUAUCAAUUGAGAAUGUAUUGGGUAUAUUGGAGCCAAUGUUUGAGGUGGAUUAUCUCCUUCCACGAACAUUCCUUACAGCAAUAGGGCUAAAAGAUUUGGAGUUUGUGAUCAAAACAGGAAAACUUCCUGUUGAAGCUUGCCUUGGAAACUUGAUUUUUUGGAUGAAAAAGACAAGACCAAAAAUGUCUUCCUUUUAUUCAAAUACAGAAGAAAAAAAUGUGACUGAGUCUUUACUUGCCCUACAAAGGAUGAUAGAUACAAUACAAAGCAAAGAAACUGUCAACAGUCAGCAGAAAAGAAUGAGCUGUUACUUUUCUCAGCAACUUGUAUUAGAGAGCAUCAACACAGAUAAAGUAUAUAUGGUCCUAUAUUCUGUUGGAAUCUUACAACAAACUCUGUCUGCUUUUGAAAUCACUAAUGAUAAAAAAUCAGAUAACGAAAGAAAAUAUUCAUUGACAAUACUGUUGAAUUGUCUGCCAGAAGUAAUAAAGUGGAUGGAUGUAAACAUGUGGAAUUGGUAUCUAUACAUGGAGAAUGUCCUUGCGGGAUGGAACCAUCUAUAUGCACCAGAGAAACUUCGGUCUGACACAGUGAAGGAAAGAUGGAAUACUGGAAUUACAAAAGCUCUUACAGAAAGAUUGCAAAAUAGGGUUUGCACUGACAAGACAAAAAUGACAACUUUUGUUCAACUAUAUUGCCAGAAAGUAGAUUCUUUCCAUCCAGGCAUGCAAGACUGCAUGAGUAAAACAGCCUUCAAGGCCAUUGAGAAUGGAUAUGCACUUGAUUAUCGCCGCUUCAAUGAAUAUGAAAUACAGAAAUUUGGAGACCUUCUUUCACAUCUAUUUCUGAAAGAAUGGGACAAAAGUAUAAAAACAAGGGAUACAGAAAAAGACAGUCUUCAACAUUUUCUCAAGUGGCCGCCAUUUUUGCAGUUUGUGAAAAUAUAUGCUGAAGAUCAGAAGAAGAUGAAUCUUCUGUCACAAGAAUGUGUGGGAAGGUUGAUUCAGGCCGUCUCUGUUAUACAAAGUUGUGUCACAUCACUGUUGUCUGGAGAAAUCACUGUUGGCAACCUUUUGCUAAUCCAGUCAAAAGACAUUAAUUUCCCAGAGCUUGCAGAGUUGGUAAAAUUGGAAAAGGCACAUACUAAGGACUUCAUAGCUAAAGCAAUUCAGAUAAGACAAAAGGAGAUGGAGGCCUUUCACAAACAGGCAGACUUAAUGAUAACACUAACUUCUAUGUGCCAACACCUUGGGAAUGCUGAUACAAGGGCAGUGGACAAUACUUUACAAAAACAAAAACACAUUGAAGUUCAUAAAGUGAAUGAAUUCUGUGUACCUGCUGACUUGAGUAAAGAGACAAACAUGGAGACAUUUCAACCAAAGCUGUGUGCCUUUAAAGUGUCACAGACUGUGCUAGAGAUUUUACCCAGUCUACAGGUGUGCAGCGAGAGCAGUACCUUCAUGAAGUUCUGGACAGCUGAGUGUCAAAGUGACAAAAGUCAUUCUCCAAACUUAGAUGAUGUUGUACCACAAAUUUGGACAGCUGCCAAAAAAAGAUGGGAUACGAGGGCAAAAAACAUAAAGACAGGAGAGAUAAAAUUUCAAGACUUUGAGAAAAUUCUUGGAAACAUCUAUAGAGAAGACUAUGACAGAAUGGCCAUUGAGAUGAAAACUCUCAAACUUACUGACAAAGAAGUGAAGAAACGUAUUGAUCAGUUGCAGAAGUAUAGGCAGCUCGAAGCAUGCACAAAGGGAGCUAAAACAAUACUGAAGUUUGCAAAAGAUUAUAACUUAAAGGGUGAUUUUGAGCAGAUCAGAAUUAUUGCAACUCAUGGUGAAAAUGAUCUAGAGAUGAGAUCAUUUGAUGAGAGUGUGAUGAAUGCCUGUGAUUUCCUCAAGCACCUUACACCACAGAGGGAGAAAUGCCUAAAAAUGUUUGUUCAAUGCAGACCUUUAGUUCAGUGGUUGAAAGAAUCAAUGAAGAAAGCUGGAUUAAAAGAGCUGAAGGUAUUUGUUGACCUUGCCUUUAUGUCAGCUGGUGAUGAACCAAUCAACAUUGCUCGUGUUCAGUGUCUCCACUCAGCUGUGACAGGAUAUGCCCCACUUAUAUUUGACCUGGAUGAGAAUUGUGGUUACAAGGAACUUUUGAAACUUUGUGAUGUUGUUUGGAAAGAACUUGAAGCAAAUUCUAAGCUUCCAGAUAAACUGAAAGACACAAAUAGACAGCUACAAUGGCUUAAAGAAAUCAAGAAAGCUCACGGUUCAGUAGAGGUUACCUCCCUUAUGCAGGCUGAAGCUAUUAAUGCUAAUGGAAUAUUUACAGUUGGUAAAAAUGCAUGGAAGAGAGAUGCUGAUGCACAGAAGAUGGAUGAAACUUUACUGGCUGUGAUGGACAUUAUAAAGCUAACAGUUCCGGAGAAAGAAGGCAAGAGUCAGUUAAGGAACUAUACGUUCUCCCAAUGUCAGGAUCUACAGAGUAGACUAAUGUUGGUGGCUGGGAAGGCAGAGAUGGGUACUGAUAGUGUGGACAGAUUUACCAUGAUAUUUGACAGUAUAACCAGACUUAGCAAUGUAUACAUGAAACUUUGUUCAUCUGGAUGUGUGCUGUUUAAAGACUGGACAGCAAGAUUCCUGUGUUAUCCUAAACCUGAUCGUCCUGUUUGUGCCAUACUAGAGUUUGGCCAAGGUGAUAGUGUACCUCAGCUGAAGGGAAGACGAUCUGAGAGGGAGGACUUGAAGGAUAUAAUUCCUGAACUAGCCAAGUUUAUGGAAUGUUGUCUUGAUGAAUGGCUGGAUCAUAUUAAGGAGAAACGAAAGAACUAUCUUCACUUGAACUACUACACUGUAGACCAACUUGUUAUCCUUCAGAGAGAACUGGUUAAAAUGGGAAUAGAAUCAGAGCCGUCACAUCUCGUGUAUCCUUUAUUGUCUGCUGUAAAAGAGAAUUGUACACCAGAUGACCUUAUAGAGGCAAUGGCUGCUGCUAAAGAAGAG